AGAUAUAUACAUACAGAGACAGACAAAGAUACAUACAUACACACAUAGACACACAGAUACACGUAGAGACGCAUACAGAGAUAUACAACAUACAUACGUACAAAACAUACUCACACGCACAGAUAUUCACACGCUUGUACAUACACGCGCAUACGGAUACACAUACGGACAACACCAAUCCACACACACCCCCACACACACACACCCACACACACACCCCCCACACACACACACACACCCACACACCCCCCCCCCCCCACACACACACACACACCCACACCCCCAUACACCCCCACACACACACAGACCCAUUUCAUCAGAACCGCCGAGCGAUGUCGGGAGAAUCUCCGCCUGCAGAGGAGACGGCGCGGAUGAUGGGGGGCGAGGAGGAGGAGGGGGGGAGCGAGGCCGUGGCGGAACGAGGAGACCCCGCGGUGGAGGGAGAGGGCCCCCUCGUGAGAGCCGUGAUUUUGUCGGGCUUCGGGGGCCCCUCUAAGCUGGGGGUCUCGCGGCAGACCGCGGCUUGCCCGGGCCCCGGCGAGCUGCGAAUUCUCGUCAAGGCGUGUGGCGUCGGCUUCCUGGACGUACUCGUCCGCCAGGGUAACGUGGAUCCGCAACCGCGGACCCCGCUGGUGCCGGGAUAUGAAUGCGCGGGAGUUGUGGACGCGCUCGGGGAGGGCGUAAGGGACUUCGAGGUGGGGCAUCGCGUCGCCGCCGUCGUCAACCUGGGCGCGUGGGCCGAGGUGACGGUGGCGCGCGCCGACCACGUGUUCCGUCUGCGGGACUCCAUGAGCUUCGUGGAGGGAGCCGCGCUCCCCAUCAGCUACCUGGCCGCCCACCUCAUGCUGUUCGACAUGGGGGGGCUGCGGGAGGGCAUGUCCGUGCUGGUUCACUCUGCGGGGGGCGGAGUGGGCCUGGCCGUAGCGCAGCUGUGCGCCUCGGUGCCGCGCGUCACUCUGCUGGGCACCGCGUCACUCGCCAAGCACGACGUCAUCCGCGACUCCUUCACCCACGUGAUCGACCGCACCGGCGACUACGUGCAGGAUGUGAAAAGAGUAUGCCCUGGCGGCGUGGAUAUCGUCCUGGACUGCCUCUGCGGAGAGAACACAGCCAAGGGACUGGCGCUGCUCAAGCCCAUGGGCACCUACAUACUCUACGGAUCAUCGAACGUGGUGACAGGAGAAACCAAAAGCUUCUUCAGCUUCGCCAAGUCGUGGUGGCAGGUGGAGAAGGUGAGUCCCGUGCGUCUGUACGAGGAGAACAAGCGCAUGGGCGGCUUCCAGCUGCUGCCGCUCCUCUUCAGCGCCGAAGGCCCCGCGCGCGCGCGCCGCGCCAUGUCCGAGAUCACCACCCUCUACGACUCGGGAGCCGUGCGCCCUCGCGUCGACUCCGUGUGGGCCCUGGAGGAGGUGAAGGAGGCGAUGCAAAAACUUCUUGACCGCAGCAACAUCGGCCGCGUGGUUCUGGAUACGGAGAAGAGCCCCUCCCCUCAGGGGGACCGACACAGCCCCGAGGCGAGCGAGGCCGCUGAGGAGGAGGACGCCGAGGGCGACGAGAGGGGGGGGGCCGAGAGCAAGGAGAGGAAACCCUUCAUCCGCUAGGAGUGGGGGGGCCAC